UUCACUAGCUAGUGAAGCCUUGUUCAGUUCUUUGCAAAGGAAUAACUUUGACUCGUGUAGCUACUCAAAGGCAGAGAUCGAUGGCGGGGAAGCUGGGGCAUCUGAUGACGAGGCUGCACCUGGCGAGGAGCCAGGCGUCGUCGCCGUCGGCGGCGGCGGCGAGCGUGCCGAGGGGCCACCUGGCGGUGUACGUCGGCGAGGGGCGGAAGCGGCUGGUGGUCCCGACGGCGUGCCUGAGCCACCCGGCGUUCGUGACGCUGCUGAAGAGGGUGGAGGACGAGUUCGGCUUCGACCACUGCUGCGGCGGCCUUACCAUCCCCUGCGCCUCCGAGGGCGACUUCGCCGACAUCAUCGGCGGCGUGGACGUGCACUGAUCGUCAGGCUCUCCGUUUCCCGGCGAGGACAAGAAUUAAUUGUUGCUUCUGGGGAAUAACCUAUUCUUCUAGCUAGGAACGUAGGGGCAUCAGUACUAAUUUACUGGUACUAGCCGGAUUGAGCCUGCUUGGAUUGGAACAUGUAAUUCAGUAAAGAUCAUUGAUUGGAACGAGAUCUUCUCUCACCCUC